UCGCGCUAGACUUGUGCAUGUUUUCCCUUCUGCAUUUCGGAGAAGAUGGCGUCGCAGAGAGGAGUCCCUAUAAGUAAGCUAUGUCCAAUGUUCCUCCACACAAACUCCACCAGCCACACCUGGCCCUUCAGCGCCAUCGCUGAACUAAUAGACAAUGCCUAUGAUCCUGAUGUUAACGCCAAGCAGUUCUGGAUUGAUAAGACCCAGAUCAAAAAGCAAGACUGCCUCAUCUUCAUGGACAAUGGAAAUGGAUUGGACUAUGAAAAGAUGCACAAGAUGCUCAGCUUCGGUUACAGUGAUAAGAGAGUCAUAAAUGGCAAGCACCCGAUUGGUCUCUAUGGUAACGGCUUCAAGUCCGGGUCCAUGCGUCUGGGGAAAGAUGCCAUUGUGUUCUCGAAGUCGCAAGACGGAGACACCAUGCAAGUAGGCAUGCUCUCCCAGAGCUACCUGGCACAGAUCAAAGCAGACGAGAUCAUUGUGCCCAUCAUCUCCUUCCAAUGUGUCCCACACAGCCAGUAUAAGUUCAAUGUGAAUGAGAAGCACAAGGCUAGUCUGCAGGACAUCCUGCACUACUCUAUCUUUAAUACAGAGAACGAGCUACUCGAAGAGCUCAAAGCCAUCAGCUCCACAGGCUCCUCGGGAACACGCAUUAUCGUCUGGAACCUGCGCAGGACGAUAGCACGACCGACAGAAUUUGAUUUCACGUCAUUCAGCGACGACAUCAAAAUCCCAUUAGAUGUCCCAUUGGAUGGGUUGGAGAGCACCAGUGAGCAAUACAGAGCAAUACAGUCAGAGCUGCUCACAAAACCAGAGAGUUACUACUCGCUACGUGCAUACUGCAGUAUUCUGUACCUGAAGCCCCGGAUGCAGAUCAUAAUUCGAGGUCAGAAAGUGAAGACUGAGCUCAUCUCCAAGAGCCUGGCUUGCAUUGCUAAGGACCAUUACAAGCCCAACUUUGUGAACAGACGCAUCCCCGUGACCUUUGGGUACAACACCAAGUGCAAGGACCAAUACGGCAUCAUGAUGUACCACAAAAACCGCCUUAUCAAAGCCUAUGAGCGAGUGGGCAUUCAACUCAAGGCCAACAACCAAGGUCUCGGGGUUAUUGGGGUCAUCGAGUGUAACUUUCUGGAGCCCACCCACAACAAGCAGGAUUUUGACAAUACUGACAAAUACAGGAAAACCAUCAACAACUUGGGGGUAAAGCUGGAGGACUACUGGAAAGAGAUGCGCUUUAAGAGAAAUAAAGAAGAUCCUAGCAGCACCACACCAGUGGAAGACACCAUGAAACGUCCAGACCAGAACUGGGUGCAGUGUGACACCUGCCUGCGCUGGAGGAAGCUGCCAGAUGGAAUUGAUUGCAAACGGCUCCCAAAGGAGUGGUUCUGCCACAUGAACCCUGACCCCCAGUUCAGGAGCUGCACGGUAGAGGAAGAACCUGAAGACUCCGAUGAUGACCAACCUUCAUACCAGAAAACCUACAAGCAAUAUGAAAGGAACACCAAAAUGAAGCAGGAUAAGAAACGACAACAGAAUGAAGAUGAGCAGAAGAAGGCAGAGCAGAUGCAGAUUAAGGCUCUGGCUCAGAAGAACAAGACUCUGAAGCACCAGAGGAUCUCUUGCCUCGCCAAAGCAUCCCCUUCAACCCCUCCGACCCCGUCAACCCCGCCGGCCCCGUCAACCCCUCCGGCCCCGUCAACCCCUCCGGCCCCGUCAACCCCUCCGGCCCCGUCAACCCCUCCGGCCCCGUCAACCCCUCGGGCCCCGUCAACCCCUCGGGCCCCGUCAACCCCUCGGGCCCCGUCAACCCCUCCGCCCCCGUCAACCCCUCCAGCCCCUUCAACCUCUACGGCCGCGUCAACCCCUUCAAACCCAAGAAUGAAGAGAACCCUGGCCAUGACCCCUGAAAUUGAGACAAAAAAACCCAGGUUGAAUGGUUUCCACAACAACACCCCCAUGGAGACUGUAUCACCGGCUGCUGAAACAACCAUGUCAUCCACAUCAGUCGUCAUCCCUGUUGACGAUGACGACGAUAACAUCAUGGAUGACGAUGACAUUAUGAUCUUGGAGAUCAACAGCACCCCUAUUCAAAAGAAGGCAACCUUUGACCUUGCCAUGGUAAAAUCAGAGAGCAGGGCCAUGGAGACAUCUUCUGGCACUGGCAACGUUAAAACUAGCUGCACAGGAACAAGCUCUGUGGAGACGGGAACUGCGGCGACCAGCUACUUCCCUCCACCACCUUCUUCAGAGCAGGUGAGCAUCACCACCCAGACAGAGAUCAGGAGAAAAGUGAAGGAUGAAGAUGAGGAGCACAAGGAGAAAAGGGAGAAGGAGGAAAAAGGUAGGGACAGAACCGAACCAGGCCUUUCCACACACAACCCACCCUCUGCUGGCCCAUCCUCUUCUGGUCCAUCCGCCCCAAACCCAUCAGACCAUCCUAUGAUUGACUUCCGUAACCUGUCAGAGGCCCAGGAGCAGCAGGACCAGCUGCUGGAGCUCAUGCAGGCUGCAGCCCACGAGAGGGACCAGUUCAAGGAGCAAGUCAACAAGUUGACCUCGCAGCUCCAUAACCUGGAGGGCAGCAUGCAGGAGCUCUCCCAGGCCACUGUGAAGAGAGAGCACUGCCACCAGGCCUGUCAGACUGGAGGAGGGGAAGAAGGAGAGCAGUCGGAGAGGAUUAAGGUUGAGAUUAUAGAGGAGGAGAGGGGCAACCUCUGGUCUCUUUGUGAGACACUGCAGCAGGACGUGGUGGAGCUGAAGAGGGAGAAACAAGAGUGGGAGAGAGAGAAACAGGAGAGAGAGAAACAGGAGAAAGAGAAACAGCUGAGAGAGAAACAGGAGAGCGAGGGCGCUCAGACAUCAGCUGACCAGGCAGAGAGACUGAGGGAGCUUCGGAGGAGCGUUGGUCGUCUCCUGGUCACGUUUGUCCCAGCACUGGACCUCGAACAAGUAAACUAUGACUGUUCAGUCAUUGACGAAAUCCUCGACCAGGUUCUUACUGACGUGGAGUCCAUGGGGCCUGUGUAGGGGCCUGUGGGCGGGAUAUGGAUGGAGGGGUUGUCAUCCAUCUUACUCUGUAAGGUGAGGCAGACUUGGGGAUAGUCACAGAUAAUUCCUGCCUACCGUUUACCUUUUUACACUUUUUAAACUUGUUUUAUAGGGAUUUUUUUUACAAACAAAAAAAGGAAAUGAACACAUAAUACCCCAUAAUGACAAAGUAACAACAGGUUUGUAGUAAUUUUUGCAAAUCUAUUAAAAAUAAAAAACAGAUACCUUAUUUACAUAAGUAU